AUGAAUGAGGAGAAUCAUACAACCGUGACCGAGUUUUUUCUGGUAGGACUUUCCCAUUACCCAGGCCUCUUGCUCUCUCUUUAUGUUCUCUGCAUGGUUAUGUAUCUAGUAAUCCUGUUGGGAAACAGCAUCCUCAUUAUCAUCAGCAUCCUGGAUCCCCGCCUUCAUACACCUAUGUAUUUUUUCCUUGGGAAUCUCUCUUUUCUGGACAUCUGCUACACAUCCUCCUCUAUUCCUCAAAUGCUGAUAAUUGUUAUGUCUAAGAGAAAAUCUAUUUCCUUCACUGGGUGUGCCCUGCAGAUGGUUAUUUCUCUUGGAUUAGGGUGCACAGAGUGCAUUCUCCUGGCAGUGAUGGCCUAUGACAGGUAUGUUGCCAUCUGCAAUCCUCUCAGAUACAGCAUCAUCAUGAACAAGGGGCUCUGUACCCAGAUGGCUGCUUGGACUUGGAUACUAGGGUUUUUGGUCUCCCUGGUACAAACUGUACUUGCUCUCAUAAAGCCUUUCUGUGGGAAUGUCAUUGAUCACCUUACCUGUGAAAUCCUGGCCCUUCUUAAGCUUCUCUGUGGAGACAUCUCCCUCAAUGUGUUUAUCAUGACAGUUGCAAGUAUUGUUAUUUUAAUCAUUCCUCUAACUCUCAUUUUCUUCUCCUAUAUCUUCAUCCUCUCUACCAUCCUGAGGAUCAAUUCUAGUGAAGGGAGGAAGAAAGCCUUUUCCACCUGCUCAGCCCACCUCACUGUGGUGGUCUUGUUCUAUGGUUCAGCCCUUUUCAUAUACAUGAAGCCCAAGUCCAAGUACACUAAGACAUCUGAUGAGCUUAUUGGGCUCUCCUACGGAAUCAUCACUCCAAUGAUGAACCCCAUUAUCUACAGCCUGAGGAACAAGGAAGUCAAAAAUGCUGUGGAGAAAUUCCUCAUUAAGAAUCUAUACUUAAAGAAAAUGUGA